UAUUCCCUGUCACGUUUGCAGUGGUGGGCUCUGAUCCUGGCUAUGUCUCAGUGUCAGUGUCAGAGUGUCAGUAUCUGUGUGCAUGUGUUCACCGCAGCAGUCAGACAGCUGAUGAUGAGCCUGCUGUGUAUUUAAAGCUCGGGGGGGAAGCGGAAGUGUGGCCCGAUCUGUGUUAUCAGCUGAGAGACGCUAGCUGGGUUAGCACGGAGCUGCACAGGGUUUCGUACGUUACCCAGCGGACUGUACUACCGCUUUCCAACCACACGCAGUGACAUGAGACGUGGACACGGCGCGGGGACAGCGGGACCGUGAUGUAUGUCGCCGUGAAGCAGCAGUGAGAAGACCACACAGAAACUAGCUCAUCUCACGCUGCGGGAGAGCAGAGUUCGUACGUUCUGCUUCCUCCUUCAUCCCUCUCCUCCGACCUUCACCUCCAUCUGGAGGCCCAGUAUCGAGACACCAUAACCAUGACGACAGGCGGGUGUUGUCACCUGCCUGGCUCUUUGUGUGACUGUGCCAGCAGCACGGGUCUGUGGAAGAGCGUGGAGGAGUCAGGCAGUGAGGGGUGCCAGGCGCUGUACGUCACCCAGGUCACGGCCUUAGACGGACGGUUACUGUCAUCUGUGCUAAAACCCAUGGCCUCACAGAGUGAUGGUCCCAUAUGUCGUAUCUGCCAUGAAGGAGGCAACAGCGAGCAUCUCCUGUCCCCCUGUGACUGCACAGGCACCCUGGGGGCGGUGCACAGGAGCUGCCUGGAGAAGUGGCUGUCGUCUUCCAACACCAGCUACUGCGAGCUCUGCCACACGGAGUUCAGCAUCGAGCGCCGACCACGGCCUCUCACAGAGGUAACAAAGUGGCUGCGAGACCCUGGCCCUCGUAAUGAGAAGAGAACGCUGUUCUGUGACAUGAUAUGCUUCCUGUUUAUCACGCCACUGGCAGCCAUUUCAGGCUGGCUGUGUCUACGGGGCGCUCAGGACCACCUUUGGCUGGGGAGCUGGCUGCAGGCGGUCGGCCUCAUCGCCCUCACCAUCGCCCUCUUCACCAUCUACGUUCUCUGGACCCUGGUGUCGUUCCGCUACCACUGUCAGCUGUACUCUGAGUGGAGAAGAACAAAUCAGAAAGUACGGUUGCUCAUACCCGAAGCCAAGGAGACUAACUCUUCCCAGCAUUCUUUGCUCUCCAGUAAACUGAUGAAGAAGCCUGCCAAUGACAGUAUAGUAUGAGACUGAAUGGAAUUGGUUGAAGGUAGUCUUUUGUGAGUGUGGGGGCUUGUUCUCAGUGCCUGCCAGCACGUCUUUAAACAAGCACUUGUGGGUCUUUUUUGUUUAUUUUUACUUCUCCCUUUUUAUUCCCUUGUCCCAUCAAUCCCUAUUUUUUCCCAUUUCCUGUUUUCAUAUAAUCUGUCCUUGUUUGGGUGCUGAACUGAGCACAUUUAAAUAGUCUGUCUUUGACAGAGCUGAAGAAGGGAACAGCAGAGACUUGUUCAGUGUUAUCAUCUGCGAUAUGAUUGCAAUAGCUGAUAAUGAAAGUAAAGAAAGGGAUGGACCAAACUCACUUGUAUAAUGGACUUUCAGAUGUUCUAAUGAGUUGUUAUGCUUCAUUUCAACAACCCACCAAUGGGCCACAGGUGAGUCCAGAGAGUUCAUUCAUUGUUGUGCUGCAACGUUCACGUGUGUAUCCAUUCGAUUCCUGUCACACCUGGGCAAAAAAGACAAAGGAACUAUUUCAAGGAGUUAUUGAAAAGCUCAGCUCCUUGAUUUACUCCCAUUUUACCGUACAGAUGCCAGUACGCUGUCGGAAUUGAAGCUUUUUAGGUGUCGCUCAAGCUUAUGGGACGUUCCAGUGUUUUGUAUGCGUCUGUUUAUCUCACCUGAGAACGGAUUCUACCGCAACACUUGCAAAGCCAGAGAUGGUUGUGCAAUAAAAACACUGUGGACUCCAAGGUCGUCACAGUACAUGAAGAGACCUCCGCCAACAUGCACUGUCAUGCAUGCAACUACUGUCAAUUAUUUGGGAAUUUUUUUUGUAUUAUAAAGUCUUUUUUAAACCAAGAAGAAUGAACAAAUUUACUAUUCCUACUGAAGUGUCCUCAUAGAGGUUCUUGUAUUAUCAGCACUUAAGAACUGGUUCUUUAUAUUUAUAUAGAUUGAGAGAAAACGCCCAUUAAAAUGGCUUUUAGAGGAGCAUUACCACAAGCUUUGUUUGGUGGCUGGUACUGUGUACUCAAACAUCAGUAUUGAUGGCCUGUUGAAGUACUUUGAUCAUUUUGUUUAGAAUUUGCUUAGAUUUUUACAACAAUACACAUUUCUAUACGUGUGUAGUUUCCAUGAUCACAACAAUCAGGGAUAUAGAUGAUCAAAUAUUGCAAUUUCGUCACAUCAAGUCAUGGUUAACCUUAGUUUCUUAAGUGGGGACUUUUAGUGCUGGUGUUUAGUGCUAUUGCCAAUCUGACAUUAACUUAAACACCCACCAUGACUGUGAUUGGUGGAGCCAUUAUGCAAGCACCACAAAGGCCAAAUCUGACCAAACUUUGUUUUUUCUUUGAAGCAGGCCACUAGAUGCUCACAUCCUCUUCUAAGUCCAUUUCAUCAGGGUUUUUCCUGCUUAGAGAAUUGCGAGGCAGCCGCCUCCGUCAAGUUUCAUGCUGCCUACACCUCCCACACAAAUAUGUAAACUCAGACUGGGUAGAAAGGGCUGGAGUGGGCAGUGUGCAGCGCGAAUGAUGGACACAUACAGAAGCAGUAAAUUACUGACAGAGAACAUUGUGAUGUUACUGACCAGAACAGUUCCUACUGGCUGUGAUUGGGAUGGCAGAGAGGAUUCACUUCUCUCUUUUGUAUAUAGUUUGGUGCAUUUGUAAAUCAGGUCGCUCACAGUGGCUGAUAUUAGACCAGUCAGAGAUGAUAUUCUCUGAUUUGAGAGGCAAAAAAACACAAACCAAAGUCAGCCUGGUUUCCAGAUCUCCACGUCAUAAUGUGGUAGACUUUGAAAGCAUUUAUUUCUUCAUUCCAUUUUAUUUGGUUUAUGAGGAGAAGGUUGAUUAGACACACUGUGAGUCAUCCACAGGGUUGAGAGGGUUAAAGGUGAAAACUCCAUUAUCAUUUGUAGAACAAUGUUAAAAUGAACAUGAUUCAGUCCAUGGACCUGAUGAAGGCCAUUGACUUUAACACAUCGGCUUUAAGGAUACAACACAUCAUCCUUUAGAGGACAUACAGGUGCUAAGCUCUGAGCCCAGUAUUACUGUAUUUGUCUUACAAAGUUUAGUUUCAUUUAUAGCUGUGCAAUUCUGCUGGAUGCAAUUUAAAAAAUGAAAUGCCUUAUCACAGAAGGCAUGAGAGCAAUGGGGCAAGCUUUAAAUUUGUACUGGCUCUUAUUGUUACAAGUUAAAGUUUUAAUUUAAUUAAACAUUUGCCUUUGGUUUUCAUUUUGUCUUCAGUGCAGUGGCAUCUAUAACUUUGUCACUUUGUCAGAUUAUAAUUUUAACGUUUGAUUAACACACUUGUAUCAUGCUUUUCCUUAUUUUCUACUAUUGUAGACACAAAAGUUCAUUAGUCUGGAUUUUAUGCACAUUUGCGUUGAUAAUGUCUUUAACUUAAUAUAUUCGUGAACAAUGUAUUGACUUAAACUGGUAUGUGGUGGCGUGGCAAAGUCAGAGAUGUUUUCAAAAUGUAAUUUAGUCUUUUCAGGAGGAAACUGAGCGUCUCAGUCACAUUUUCAGAGAUAUCGAUACGGAUAUUGGGGAGUAAACAAAUUCCUAUACUAAUAUAUAGAUAGAUAAAUAAAUAUUUGUAAAAAAAUUGGCAAUGACUCCUAAAUUUUUUUUUGUCAAACUGAGGCUUGGUAUUUUAGAGUUAAACUAUAAUCUUUAAUAUGAAUAACAAUAACUUAAAAAAAAACACAAAUACAACCAAAUAUACAGAUCUUGACGAAAAUAAACCAAAUUGGUCACGUAAAGGUUCAACAUGAAUAUCUCUAAAAUAAAAGUUUAGUACAACAAACAGACAAACAGAAGCUGAUACCAAUAUGUUUCUUGAACGGCACAUAAGGGCCGGUCACCCAAUACUUCAGUGUGGCUCUAGUUAUUUCCCUGGCCUGGCUUCACUCGACGAACAUCACCCUUUGGAACAUUGAGCUGUUGGUGUGGUGUCCCACAUUCUGCCCCAGUUAAUCUUUUGUUUGUGUUUUUAAUUGAUCGAAGGAUUAUAUAUUGCAAUACUGCGAUGCACCCGGGGGCCUUGUCUGCCUUACAAGCUUAUGAGUCAUUUGAUCAUCUAUGUGUUUACUGUUUGUCAUAAACAAGCUUUACUCCACGCAUUAGGGUCAACUGAGGAACUGGUUCGACGCAAAGAGGUGAUGAUUCAAAAUAGCUUAAAAACAAGAAACUGGAAUUUGAAGUUGAAGCAGAUCGAUGGUGUUUUCUGUUUUUUUGAAGUUACCCACCAUUUAUGCAGAGCUGCUCCUUGUUCUACAUGUCUGUUCAUGUCAGCGUUAUCAGAGCUCCUCAUCUCUCCAAAGAGUUUCAUAACACAUUUACCAUGAUGCAAUGAUGGUUUUAUAUAGAUUCCACCACUCAAACCCACAAAGGGAUUUUAAAUCAUUGUUUUCUUUGUUUAAUACACAAACAACCAUUUAGACGUUACUUAUGUUGUGUUAUAUAUUUUUGUAAUAUGUCUUUUUUUUGGAGGUUGGAUAUGUUAAUGUAUGUAUCAUUUGCUGCAGAUCAGUAUUCACACUUGCCAAUAAUAUGUUUAUGGUGUGCUGUGAAAAAAAGAAAGAUGUCUUCACCAAACCCUUGUACCUGCAAUCAGCCAAGAAUUAUUUGCAAAGCAAAUAAAAAUGAUGAUAAAUUA